GAAACACUCCAUCAGGAUUUUCUAUAUUUUGUUCCUCUUCACCUCCCAUAACCAGCUAGAUUGCAGGCCAACCUUACCCCUUUCCCAGAUGGUAGCUUCGAAUAUCAUCUCUGUCAAGGUUGGGACAUUCCUAUAUGGAUAGUCACUCUCUUUUCUUAUGGUAUGUUGCAUAAUGUUGGGUCUAGGUUAAUUUGACAGCAAAAUGGGUUUCAUGAGGAAUGUGGUGCUCCCAGACUUAGUCAUGUAUCAUUUCUUAAUUAUAAUGGUUUGAUACAGUUACAAGUCUGGAAAAUCGACGUAGUCCAUCGUUACAGAUGUGUGUAAAAUUUCUAGCUCACAUCUGUUCCAUUUGGUCUCUACAUUCAUAUUAUCGUUCUUAAGCUUACCACGUUCCUCGUUAGAAAUCUUCUUGGGUCAAUUAUAUAUUAGACAUAUUAAUCCUGAUUGGAAAGUGUGUUUUCAAUUAGAGACUAUUGUUCAAUUUGGCUUGCUCAAAGUUGCUUUGCACGUUUAGGGUUGAUACCGUUGAAAUGGGGUUUUAGACUUAAUAAGAUUUUGAAUUGGUUAAUAAAAAAUUUCAGGAUAAGAACGUUUGAUCUAAUAAGUCAUCUUUGAAGAGAGUUUUGAUGAUUGAAACAUAAGAGCUUGUAGAGAUUGCGUUUAGGAAGAACGGAUUGGAGAUGUAGAAACAUUCUUAUUAAUCUGUGAUUUAAUCUUACUUUAGGCUGGAUAAUGCCUGUCAUUACGUUUGUUGAUCGUGAUAUUUCAUGCUUAGUCUAUGUUGAAUUUGAUGCUUCAACACUGACCUGUCUCACAUGCGAUUUUGCCGCCAACUUCAAGUUAUUUGAUUAUCUUAAUUGAAAAUAUGGAGAUUAAUUAAAAUGAAGAAUUAAAGGGUUAUAGGUUAAAAUCAUAUUAUCAAGGAAAAUCAAGUCAUUGUCACUCAAUAUGUAUCCUUCAGCGUGAUAAAUUUCUUAACUUUCAAUCCAUUUUGUUACUAUAUUUCGUUAAUAUUGAAUUGUUACAAAAUUGAAAUUACAAACUAAAUUUGUGAGGCCAACGACAUAUUUGGAGACAGCAAUUUUCAAUCAUGAUAUUAAAUCAUUUCAAACUUAUUGCAAACAUGCACUAAAUCAUUGAUGUGUCACUAAAAGACUUAAAUUCGUGUGAAUUUAUUUUGGCAACGUUGACCUAGUAGUUGAAUAUGGGAUUAAUUUCAAAUGAGAGUUGGUUUGUAACACUUGCAAAUGUAAAAAUAUGCAUAAUUUUGUGGUGAGUUUAGAAAUAGAAAAUUCCGGUUGUGGUGUCACACUACUCCUUACAUUCAGGGUCCAUGUGAUCUUAUUUCGCUCAAAUAAUUGACUCUAUCCCCUUAUGAUCUUUCCCAAUCUUCCUACUUAAACGCUUCUAUAUUCCACUUCCAUUUCACAAUCUAGGACAGAAUGGCAAAAUUCUUAUUAUCCAUUUUUAUUUCCCUCUUGAUCACUGCAUCAGCUUCAGACUGGAACAUUCUGUCCCAGCGGUCCAAAUCUGGCGUCAAAAUCAGCCUCAAGAACUACUGUGAAAGCUGGAGAUUGAACGUUGAGCUUCAUAACAUUCGAUUCUUUCGGGUGGUGCCUGAGGAAUGUGUUAGCUACAUUGGCAAAUAUGUUACUUCCACUCAAUACAAAGUCGAUUCCGAGAGGACGAUUGAAGAAUGUGUUGUGUAUCUUUCUAAGGGAUGUGAUCUUAAGGGCGAUGGCACUGAUGCUUGGAUUUUUGAUAUCGAUGAUACCCUUAUUUCCACGGUGCCUUAUUACAAGAAAAAUCAAUAUGGUGGUAAGAAAUUGAACCUGACGGACUUGGAGGCAUGGAUGAGCAAGGCGAGUGCACCAAUUUUGGGGCACACAUUGAGGCUUUUCAAUUUGUUGAAAGCAAAAGGAGUGGACAUCAUCUUGAUAUCAGCAAGAAGAGAAGGACUGAGAUCAGCCACCAUUGAGAAUCUUGUUCAAGUGGGUUACCAUGGAUGGACCAAUCUCAUCUUAAGGAGCCCUGAAGAUGAAAACAAGGGAGUGGAGCAAUACAAGGCAGAUGUAAGAAGGAGAUUGGUGAAUGGAGGGUAUCAUAUUUGGGGGAUUGUGGGAGAUCAAUAUAGCAGUAUUCAAGGAAGUCCGAGUGGAAGAAGGACAUUCAAGCUUCCAAAUCCAAUGUAUUAUGUACAUUAAGCUAUUGAAUUUUGUCUUGCUUUUGGAUAUUUUUCACUCCCAUGAAUCAUGGUGAGGAAGGGAUUGUAUUUUUUGAUCUACAGAGAAAGAGGAAGGGGGAGGAAUGAGUAGAGAUUUGAUGCGAGUGAUGUGAUGAAUAAGUUGAUGGUGUAUUUUGUUUUGAUAUUGUUUGGUUUUAAACCAUGUUGGACCUUUUCAGUGAUGAUUUAGAUGAGAGGUGGGCAUUUCCUUCAUUUCGAA